AUGGCUCCGACACUUUCCAGCCUAGGCCUGGCCACCCUUCUCCUCGGUCUGACAUCCGCUCAACGCCAGAUCGGCCCCGAGGAGAACCACCCCUCACUGACAACCUGGCGGUGCACCAAAGCCGGGGGCUGCACCGAAGUGAACAACUUCGUCGUCCUCGACUCCCUCGCCCACAACGUCUACCAGGCAGCCAACGGUGGCUCCUGCGGCUCAUGGGGUAGCGCCGCCAACGAGACGGCAUGUCCCACCAAGGAAGCGUGCGCGGAGAACUGCGUUCAGGAGGGCCUGGACGACUACUCCCGCGUCGGCGUCACCACCGAGGGUGCCGCAAUGACCAUGUACCAGCUCCGUGACGGCAGCCUGGUCUCGCCACGUGUGUACUUGCUCGAGCCGUCCAAGGAGAAGUACGAGAUGAUGCACCUGACGGGCAUGGAGUUCACAUUCGAUGUCGAUGCCACGCGGUUGCCGUGUGGCAUGAACAGCGCGCUGUAUCUUUCAGAGAUGUACGCCGACGGCGGACGGAGUGAACUCAAUCCUGGCGGCGCAACCCAUGGAACCGGGUACUGUGAUGCGCAGUGUUACACGACGCCGUUCAUCAACGGGGAGGGAAACCUCGAGGGUUACGGAGCGUGCUGCAAUGAAAUGGACAUCUGGGAAGCCAACUCUCGCGCGAACCAUAUCGCGCCGCACCCUUGCAACCAAACCGGCGUCUACCUCUGCGACGGCGAAGACUGCGCUUUCGAGGGCGUCUGCGACAAGAACGGCUGCGCAUGGAACCCGUACCGCAACAACAACCCGCAAGAAUACGGCCGCGGCGCCAACUUCUCGGUCGACACCACCCGACCCUUCACGGUGGUCACGCAGUUCCCCGCCAACGCGGCCGGCGAGCUCACCGAGAUCCACCGGCUGUACGUCCAAGACGGGCACGUCAUCCGCAGCGAGACGGUCAACAACCCGGACCUGCCGCAGGUGAACUACCUCAACGACGAGUUUUGCGAGGCGACCGGGUCGCGCAAGUUCAUUGGCCUUGGGGGCCACAAGGAGAUGGGCGAGUCGUUUGACAGAGGUAUGGUGCUGGCGUUCAGCAUCUGGUGGGACGAGGGCGGCGGCAUGCGCUGGCUGGACGGAGCGCCCGAGGCAGGGCCGUGUGAUGAGACGGAGGGGUUCCCGGCCAACAUUGUCAAGACGGAGCCGAACCCCGUGGUGACCUUUAGCAACAUCAAGUGGGGUGAGCUUGGGUCGACGUUCAAGCCUGAGUGCAAGAAUGGGCGUAGGAUCUAG